GUUCUCCGUUAUCUGAUUGGAGGGAGCGAGGCCUCGUCGCCCGUGGCAGUGCGGAGGCACGAAUAUGAAACGUUAUGUACCCUUUUUUCGGGACCCGAAGAGUCCAAGGAACUUUUUGUGACAUACUGUGUUCGAGAGGAUGCCUCGCUAUCAUCGCUAUAUUCGUCAUGUUAAUGGCUGUUUGCUACGGCCGGCCGGCCGUAGGAAACCAAUCCGUCAUUUCGGAAUCCAUUGUGUUCCUGUCCCGCUAUGGCUACCUCCCCACUUCCGACCUCCAUUCAGAGAGCCUGCGGACGGAGGACCAACUGCGGGCCGCUCUCUCGUCAAUGCAGGACUUUGCCGGACUGCCCCAGACGGGGCUGGCAGACGAGGCCACCGUCCGGCUCAUGCGGCGGCGGCGGUGCGGUGUGCCAGACCUCAUGCCCGGACAGCCUCGACGUCGGGUACGCCGGUACGCCAUUCAGGGUCAGAAAUGGCCCAGCACCACGCUCACUUGGAGCGUCCGCAGUAUGGACUCGUCCGAUGACAGCAUGGUGCGCUCGCAGCUGCGAAGGGCGUUUCUGGUCUGGAGCGACUCAUCCCCACUUACCUUUAAGGAGGUGGUGGGCGGAACAGCAGACAUUUUGGUUUCCUUCCUCAGAGGGCAUCAUGGUGACGGGUACCCUUUCGAUGGGGAAGGGGCUGUCCUGGCCCAUGCCUUCUUUCCGGGAGAGGGCAUCGGUGGAGACGCCCACUUCGACGCAGAAGAACGGUGGCUGCCUAACCAGCCCGAUGAUGAAGAAGAGGGGGUGAACUUAUUUGCGGUAGCAGCACACGAGAUUGGUCAUUCCUUAGGGCUAUCCCAUUCGUCCACUCCCGGAUCUCUCAUGUUUCCUUAUUAUCAGGUCAUGGGGGAACACUUCUCCCUGCCACAAGAUGAUGCGGACGGAAUUCGAUAUCUCUACGGUGUAAAAGAACCGGACAGACAGUCCACAAUGCCUCCCUUGCUUCCUAAGACAACCACUCAGACAGUGACAACGGAGACGUCAAGCGGCGCCUCCGUCAUUACCACUGAGAGAAGCUGGGUACCGAAGACGACAAAGGGAACCAAGAAGCCAAACUUACCCCCAGCGCAGGACAUUCCAGACGUGUGCAAUACUUCUAUUGACGCUAUAUCCGUCAUUCGGAGUGAAGUUUUUGUCUUUAAAGGGAAGUACUUUUGGAGACUGGACAAGAACCACACCCUUCGUGCUGGAUACCCUGUCUCCAUCGAUCGGUUCUGGUUCGACCUCCCAGCCAACUUGACCCACGUGGAUGCAGUGUACGAAAGGCCUACUGACACUAAGAUCGUCUUCUUUGUCGGGCGAUUUUUCUGGCUCUUCUCCGCCAAUAAACUGGAGUCUGGUUACCCAAAGCCGCUAACGGACCUAGGUCUUCCGGAGGACUUAGAGCGAGUUGAUGCAGCCAUGGUUUGGGGACACAAUGGAAAGACUUACUUCUUCGCUGGGCGACAGUACUGGAAGUUCGACGAAGUCGAGGGAAGAGUAGAACUGGACUAUCCCAGGAGCAUCCACGCCUGGAGGGGCGUGCCAGAAGGAGUAGAUGCUGCUCUUUUGUGGACAGACGGUAAUACGUACUUCUUCAAAGAAACUAACUUCUGGCGAUUUGUGGAUGCAAAAAUGCGAGUAGAGAAUAAACCACCGGCUGAGAUCGGGGUAUUUUGGUUCAAAUGUUUUACCCAGAAGGUGGAAACGACACAGCCUGUUACUACACCCAAACCAGUCAUUUUCCAAGCUGAGAAAGAAAAUAAUGCUGUCAUUCUGAAAAGGCCAUCGUUGUGUAUUUUGAUGGCAGCACUUCUUUUGAUUAUGUAUAGACCACAAUGAAGGGUAAUGAUGAAAUGUAAAGAAGAGAAGUCAGGAGAGACAGAAUUCCCUUUGGAAACGAAGAAAAGUUAAUUUAUUGGAUUUGCCGCAGUAGUUCCGAAUACUUUGGAAUUUCUGCGUGAGUUUUCCAUUGAUAUUUUUGGAAAAUUCUUCAUAGAACCAUACUGUUCUAACUUCAUCAGAGAGGAUCAUUCAAGCUUUCUAUUGAAGAAAUCAAGACCUAACAAAAGCUUUUUCAAAGUAAACACCCCAUUCAUUGGUACUUAAUUUAACAUUUGAAGCAUCUAUGUCAUCAGUGGCGGAAGUAAAUGAUUGUCAUUAUUAACAUUAGACCUGCCAAGAGUUCAAGAACUGCUGUUUUGAUUUCCGACGUUAUUAAUGAAAUUUUAGUUUCAUUUUGAAAAUCAAUUAAUGAAAACAUUAGGAACAACUGACUUUAAACGUUUUAAAACGAUACUGACCUAUUUAGAUUUCUAGUUACCUAUAACAGAAGACUGAACACCAGUUCUCUUAGUGUUUUUACAGUAAAAUUUGCUUUGAAGAGCUUUUUUUUUUUUUUUUUUCAAAGCAAAAUGUUUUGAAAUGAUCAUUUUAUGUUUUUUAUUUCUAAUUUUGAAAAUUUUUUAUGUGUUAUUGUUAUGAAAAUAGUCUACUGCCUAGACAUUAAAUUGGUUCAAAUAAAAUAUUUGAA